CGUCAACAACUUUACGUUUUUUUUUCUAACACACUACUAUAGCUAAUACUUUCAAAAAAAUGGCACAAUUACAAAAACGUUAUAGUAAUAACAACUCAUCAAUACGCAUAUCACAAAAGGUCGUCCGCGAAUUACUUGAUUAUAUUCGAUUAUUUGACAUGUCAGAAACAAGAGAUAAGGAUAAACUACAACCCCAUGUUGUUCCAGUGACAUUGGUGGACAACUUUUUGUCUAGCACAGGUCAUACUGCAGAAGAAAUCAUGCAAUAUAUUUAUAAACAAGAACAAAUACGUAAAAAAGAUGACAGUAAUAAAAACAACAAUCCAACUUUUGAGUUUACUUCUUUCUUUGACUACAUGAAAGAUGAACGUGUGCAAACAGGCGCAUUGCCUAAAAUAAAGCAAGUUGUAAACAGUUUAAAGUUACUUAUAUACCAUCCAAGUUUAGAUGACGUUGAAAGACAUGUUUCUAAUUGUUUUCAACAAUAUUAUGCGCUUAUGAAAUUACCAUCUAGAGAUAAAUUUUAUACGAUGCCGAUAGAAAAGCAAGAAGAAUAUGUAGGAUUACUGAAAUCGAUAUUUGAAAAUAUGUUUCCAGACUAUUUUUUUGAAAUGAAGCCUUAUGGGUAAAUGACAAUUUACAGCUUAAAUAUAAAUAUGUAAAGUUAGACAGAUGAUCAACGUUUAUAUAUAUAUAUAAAUAUAUACAUAUAUUUAUUUUGAUUAGAUCUUUUGUCAUUGGAUUAGGAU